AUGCCCUCUAAAAAGAGUUCUAAUAGUAAGAAAAAGAGUACAUCUAAAAGUCAGUCCAAGAGCGAAAAAUCUUCUGCUCCGCAACCACAGACUGUCAAACGAUCAACAACUCUUGAAUCACAAAUCACUACUCUAAAUGAUUUUUGGAGAACAUUAAACUUUGGCACAAGGAAAAAACUUCUUCAUGUUGAUGCCUGUUCAUUGCUAAAAAAGACAAAGGAACAAUAUCAAAGAGUGUGUUCGUGCACUGUUUGUGGUAGAAACAAAUCUAUUCUUGAUAGAGAAUUGGAUAGACUUUUUACUGAUUACUGCAAAGAACUUGCAUAUCAGAAUCAUGUUGAUUGUGUAUUCAAUUUUUGUAGCACCUCCAACUCAUCAGACAGAUCUAAACUUCGCAACAACUCACGAAGUCCAAAAACAACUAAGAGAACCGUCAUCAGCAAUGGAACUGAAAUGUUAACCACAACAACCGUAAAGAAAAGUGGUAACGUACGAGUUAUUGAAAAAACUGUAAAAUACUAUUCUACAACAAAAGUAAAUCCAAAUGACAAAGCAAGUAGUCCUAUUAUUGAAGAUAUCACAGAGGAUAAUAGAGAAAAGGCUAUUUCUAAACAGAGUCAAACUAAUGGUUCAAACACCGAACCAAUAGAUUCGAAAAACGGUUCACAACAAAAUAAUCAGCAUUUACCACCACCUCCACCUAUUCAACCUGAAGAUAGUCAAGAAGAUAGUGUUCAGUAUGACUUUGGAAAGAAUCUUUCGAUCAGUCGAGAAGGUAUCAUAACAAUCUCCGAGGAUUGGAUAAAGCAAAACGAAUCCAACGAUAUUAUCCAUUUAUUACAAAAAUUUGAACAUAAUAUCAAACACAAUAAUUUGGAAAAUUUAAUAUUGAACAAGGAUAAGAAAAAUAAUAAUAAUAAUAAUUCAGAGGAUGAUGAAUAUGAAGACGACAAUGACGAGGACGAUGAUGAUCAAUGUUCCGAGGAUGAAGAUACUGACCAUGAAAUAUCAGGUGAGGAGAGUGAUGAUGAAGAGGACGUGGACGAGGAUUCUGAGAUAGAAAGUGAAAAUCCUGAAGAUUCUUAUAUUAAAUGGAGAGAAAGUAGAAGAGUCUUUCAUUGGUUUGCUGCUAAAUCCUUUUAUGAGAAUAUUUUGACUGCUUUCAAAGAAAAACAAGCUUUAGAUAUGCAGGCCAAGCUUAUUGAAGAGGAAGAGAUGAGUGAAAAGGAAAAGUCAGAAAAGAAGUUAAAGAAAAAGAAAGAGCAAGAAAAAAAGAAACAAGAACUUGAAAAGCAAAAGAAAAUGGAAGAGGAAAGGAAAAAGAUAGAAAAGGAAAUGAUAGAAAUUGUAAAGAAGGAAAAGCAGAAAAAGAAGGAAGCCUCUGCCCAAAAGCAAGUUGAAGAGGUGAAACAAGAUCAAGAUUCAUCUUAUGAAGAGGAGCCAGAGAAUGAACAAGAAAUUACUCAAGUGCUAUUCGAAAAUGAUAUGAGUGAUGUAAAGAUUACUCCUGAGCAAUUUCCGAGAUAUCAAGCCAAACCGACCAUUAACGAAAAGAAACCAAGGACAAUCACGGUAAAGCCAUCAACUGUUGUUGAACCUCCUCCAAUACCAAGUAAUAACUCGGUUACCUCAAAUCAAAGUACUGAAACAGAUGUUUCUUCCAAUGAUACAAUGUCGUCAGGAAACACCUCAACCAACAAUACAAUGAUGACCUCACCACAACCAAUCCAUAAUCCUUUGAACCAUCAGGAUCAAAUUGUGAAUAACAAUGAUCCAAUUGUGCAACCAACCCCUACUGGAAAAUCUCCAUCCCCUCCAAAUCAACAAAACAAUGGAUUUAAUAGUAAUUGGCAACCAAUGAAUAACGCAUUCCAAUUUAAUCAAUUCUUACCUGGACAUGUUAAUAAUGCCUUCAAUAAUGCCUUUAACCAGAAUCAAUAUUCAGAACCAUUUAUGGCUCAACAACCUCAACACAUUUCUCAACCUCACAGUAAUUAUUUUGCUGGUGGUCAUGGUAUUGGAUUUUCAAAUAACCAAAACGUCAAUUCACAUUUUAACUUAUUUGGACAAUCUAAUCAAUGGAAUUGGAUGAAUAAUAAUAUUGGUGGUGGUAUGAAUAAUAUGAAUACCAUGAACAACAUGAAUAACAUGAAUAAUAUGGGUGGUAUUAAUGGAAUGAACAAUAUGAAUAGUUUCUCACCUCAACCAAGAAUGAAUACUAAUAAUGGAUUUAUGAUGCAACAACCAAUGUAUCCUCAACAGUAUCAACAAUGGCCAAACCAACAAACUUAUGCUCACCAAAAUCCAGUUACUCCUCCACAACCGAUGAGACGUGAUUUUGUUCAAACACCUUUCAGUAAUUCCAAUAGCUCACUUUUUUCCUCUGAUUUGACAAUUGGACCUUCCUACCAACAACAGCAACAACAAUCCAGUCUCUUCCAUACUACAGCACCACAACAUCGUAAUUAA